UUGUCAGUGGAGUGUGAUUGUCUUGUACGAACAGGUGUGAAACAUUCUUCAAUGAAUAAGAGUAAUUAAAAAAAUACUUGUCAUUUAAGUAUAUUAUUGUUAAUCCAUUACAGCUUGUUUCUCGGUUAAAAAUGUUGAUAAAGGAAUAUAAAAUAUAUUACACAAUUAUUACAAUCUUGAAAAAAAAUGCCUUUGUUAAGGUAAACUUUUCAGAUAUGUAAACAGAUAUUGCAUGAAUGUGGAAAUUUGUCAUACGUCUUUUAAACGUUCAGUAGAAAGAUUGUUGACAGAGCAGAUUCUUGAUAAACAUAUUUCGCCGGCAUGGAAUUUUUAAAAAUAAUAUAUUAAGCGCACCAUAUAAUCCAGAGUCGAUCACUGCAGAAUUACUUCCAAUUAGUGUAUAUUAAUAAUGGAUACGUCUAAAUUAGCGGAAAUGACGGACAUGACACCGGAAAUUAAUAAAUCAUUUCUUGAAAAGACGAAAACAAUCCUCGCAGAAGGAACCACGGAGCAAAUGAUGCAAACAAACAUGACCUCUCUAUAUGAAGAUUAUUUUGACUAUCUGGAUAAUAUUCAUAACAUGAACUAUCCCGUAGAGUUUAAAAACGUCCCAAUCUGGGAAAUGACCAUAAAGAUUACCAUUUAUGCUUUAAUAAUUUUACUAGCUAUUGCUGGAAACCUGUUAAUAAUCAUCGUAGUGGCAAAGAACAAGAGAAUGCAGUCAACAACUAAUUUUUUCAUUGUGAACCUUGCCGUGUCGGAUCUCCUGGUAACAGUAUGUUGUACAUGGGUACACCUGGUUGACAACCUUACAGACGGAUGGGUUCUUGGCAGUUUCUUUUGCAAAGUAAAUUCAUUCGCACAAGUUGCCGUCCUGGUGGCAAGCGUAUUUUCCCUGAUUCUGAUUGCUUGUGACAGAUUCUUCGGGAUUGUGUUCGCCAUGAAAGCACACAUCAUAGAACGCAAGGCAAGUCACUCCAUCGUGCUAAUCUGGGUUUGUGCGAUCGCUGUUGCAACACCACUUCUUGUCGUGCGCAAAGUUGAGUCAUUCGCGUGGAAAAACCAUGUUGAAAUAUGGUGUGACGACGAAUGGCCAUUGAAAGUAACUGAAAAUCCAGAAACCGGAAUGAAAGAAUAUUCAGUUCCUAGUAGAAAAGCCUACUAUACAGUUCUGACAGUGGCAUUAUAUUUCCUACCAAUGAUAUUUAUGGCUGCUAUAUAUAGUUUAAUCAUUUUAACGGUGUGGUUUGCUCGUUCGCCUGGGGAAAGGGUAUCAGCAAAGGAAAUAAAACUUCAAAAACGAGUAAAAAGAAAGGUUGUUAAGAUGCUUAUUAUUAUACUGGCUACUUUUGGUGUGUGUUGGAUGCCACUUCAAAUAAGUAUAUUAUACACAGAAUUCAGAACAAAUCGAGAAGAGACGUUACCUUCAUGGUAUAGGAUUCUGGAGUUUAUAUCAUACACAAUUGCCUAUGCGAACAGCGCUCUUAAUCCACUUAUAUAUGCUGGUUUCAACGAAAACUUUAGGAAAGGGUUUCGUUCCUUAUUUGGAUGCUACGAAAGAAAGCUGUACGCCGCAAUAUCUCGAGCGGAUUCCAUGUACAACACUUCAACAAGUAAUAUGACUAACGCAACAAAACUUCAAAACACUGAAGUAGUGCAGGCAUUUAAUCUUGACACGUGCUCACCCACAAAUCCACAGUCUAGCCAAAGUGACUAACACUAUAUGUGCAUGGGUUGAUUCAAUUGGUGGAUUUAUAUAACAUUCAAAGAUGGAAAUGUCAUGAAACGCCUGUGACGUGUUAUUGAACGUUCAUGAAGUGUGGCGGUCUAUUUUCAUACACUUGAACAGCAUUAAUUACUCCCAUUACGAACCAUUACAUUUGAAUUAUUUCGUAAUGGAAUAAUAUCAAAUUCGUUCGAAAUGAAAUGUUAAACCUGAAACAGUUGUCAGUACCCACGUUUUGUUUUAAUCUUUCAACAGUAUAUAGUUUUAUAAAAUGAAUAGACAAUAGUAACUAGGGCGCAAGCAUGAUGUGCAAUCGCUCGUAAGUGUAAAUCGUUAUUUUGUCAACAGAAAAAGGAAUGCAUCUCACCUUAAAUGUACCAUUUCUAUAGAAAACUGUAUUUCUUCACCCUGUCGGAAACUUGUGCAGUUUAUUUUUCUGUUAUGAUAAGAUUUAAAAAACAAAUUCGUGAAAAGAAAUAACAAAGAAAUUUAAAAUAGUUUUUUUAUGAUAGAAACAUAACCAAAAAAUAUGAGCUAGAAAUAUAAGAAUGGAAUUAAAAACAAUAAAAUCGUAUUUAUUUCCUACGGUGGUAUAUUUUGGAUAUGUUAGUAUUUGUGUUAGAUUAAGAAACGAGAUAAUUUCAUCUAUAAACAAGAAUGGCCCUAAAUCGACGUCCCCAGUUUUACAUCUGAAAUAAGUCGCGCUCACUAGUUGCUAAUUUUCUACAAAUGAAAAAGUGUAAACUGUCUUAGAAAUUUUAUCCUGAAGAAUGUUGUUGUUAUAUUGUUGAGCUAAAACAUGUAAGACUCGUGUCGACCAUGGUUUUUUGACAUUUCAAAAUAACAUUAAAAGACCUGUCACAAAUUAACGAUUAUGGUAAAUAAAAUAUUCCGAAAUCGAACAAGAUUUAGAGAAAUUAACUCAUAUUUAUACACAAGCAUUUUUGUGUGCUACAUGCCAUGCCUUUUUGUUUCCAUUACGUGUGUUAGAGAUUCACCUGGAGGGGAUUACUUUUAUUUACACUGUCCCGUGUCUUUGGAACAUGGUGGGGGUAAGAGUGAGGUAGGGUGCGCACCAUAAACCGGUUUAAGCUCCCCAGAGGUGUUUUUGCAACUGACCGUUCCAAGGCGGUGCCCCACUGUGUUCCUUUGUUUGUUCGUUCGUUUUGUCCUCGUGUAUUGGCUUUGUGUGCGAGUGUGUGUGUGCGUGUGUGUGUUUAUGGUGUGCACGUCUGCGUGCUGUGGGUGUCGUUUUGGGGAGGCUGCGUUUUUGGCACGUGGCAUUCCCUGUUUGAUAUUUGUCUUUGUUUUUUUUUUCUUGGACAAUGUUGCAAAUAGUAUUUGUUUGAAACCUGCUUCUUCGAUUUCAGAACAAGUACACAGUCAUAAGGUUGCACCCAACCAAAAUAUGUAUAAAAAAUAUUGUCUAUGUUAGCGUUCAACAUCUCUUCAUUAAACUUUAACAGUUUGAAUAUCUUUUCAAAGCAAUAUGGUGCUCAUAAUUCUUUUUUGGACCUUUGUUCCAAGAUUAUUCACUUUAUUGAUUCAUUUAAAACAUAGCCACAGGCUGAUUGGGUAAUUUAUUUUCACUGCUGUAUAUCUAUAUAUUUAUUUCUUUUAUAAAGUAUUUCUUUCCGCAGUGCAAAGAGAGCAACAUCACAGCGGAUUAGAAGUUUACAUAAUACAUAUAAUUUUUUCGAUAAAGGCUAUGACUUUGGUUGAUAUAUAAUAAUUUUACAUUCUUGUAAAUGAAAGAUACAAUGUUUGUCAGCCACAUGAGAAUUGUUUUGCUAAAGGCAAAGUAUACGUUACGAAAUAUUUAUUAUUAUUUUUACUGUCAAGUUUGUAUUUGGUAACCUUCCAUUGAUAAUUUGCCAGUGCCAUAGAGAUUUGGAUUUGAUGUUGUCUGAUUUUGUGUGGUAGUCUUAUUUAUUUUACCUUCUUGAGGCGAUUAAUAACGAAGAACCUAAACACCUGGUCAGUCCCCUGGUGGACACGCUUUUGUAGAAAUAUUGUUUUGUAUAUAAUCUGAAUAAGGAAGGGUCAAGUUUUGCAAACCCUACCGUUAAACGGAGUCACACACGAAUAUGGCAAACAACAGGAUAUUGAACACAUUGUGCAAUUAACUCUUAUUGAAGGAUUGUAACUACGAAGAAAAGAAACGCUAUAUUUUGUUUUAGUAUGUUCAGUUCUGCUCAAUACGGGGAUAGAGGGUGUGGACGUUAGCUUGCAUUUCCACUAUAGUCCAUGAACAUGCUCAAUAUUUUGUCUAGCGAGUCGAUAAUCAUUUCAGUUUGGAAUUAAAUUAAAAUCGUUAAGGGAAGGUUCGGCACAAUGAAAGUGAUUGUCACUGUAUGUGUUUUAUGACGUUUAUGUCCUCACGGCUGUUAACAUAUAACAAUGUUCUAAAGAUCUCUACGUGGAAAGAUGGCAAACUUGAUGACAAUUGCUUAUCAGCUGUAAAUUGACAAUGUGACAAAGGGCGUAAGGAAUGUUUCACAUUUCAUUACGUUCAUAAUCAGACUAAAUCAAACCGACUCCGAGUCCCAAUAUUUGCUUGGUUGCGUUCUUAGCUUCUAAAAUAUUUUCUUAAAGAUUUUAUCACAUGCCAAGCACACAAAUAACGUCUACCAGUUUCGCAUGAAAUGUGUGCAUUACAAGAAGCGCACGUUGUUGUAUCUUAAAUUUUUGUUGCGUGGUUACAUUAUCAUUAAUCUAUUUCUCUGAUUACUAGUGUUACUGCCUUCCAAUCUUUUGCGCCUACCGUCGAUGCUAUGUUGAAACUUCAAAUCAGGAUAUAGGAUUAAUUCAUGCGGGGAAGCUACCAAACUAGAUUGGACAAGCUCUAUGGUUCUGACCCUCUGUCCAACGCAUCAUGAAAUAUGUCUACAAAGGUUAUUUUAUCAAUUAAAAGAUGUAAAAUUACGACAAUUUUAUCAGUCGUACUAAAUACUUAAAAAGGAAGGUUGUUCAUUAAUGCUGGUUGAAGUAACACGUAUACUGAAGGUUGUGUGAAAUUCUUAUCGUGUUAUAACGAAAAUCAUUCCAA